AUGUCCACACCGCCGCCGCCAUCAGAACGGGGCCGGCUGCAAGCCAAGCUGGGUCUGGAGAAUGGAAACACCAAGAGCCGGCCUGCCAGGCAUGUCACUCGCCUUAGUGAAGGGGGCGUGAGCAGUAGCAUCGAUGCGGAGGCGUUAUCUCGGGCGCUCUCCAGAGAGCUGACUGGGGACAGGCGGGACAGCACGCCUGGUGCAAGCCCUAGCAGGAAACGGCAAAGGAUAAACGGCGACAGGUUUAUACCGUCCCGGUCAGGGCAGGAUCUGCAAGCGAGCUUCAGCCUCCUACAUGAUGAAGGGUCACCGGCCACUCCAUCCAAACAGAAGAAACGUACCCCGCAUGGCGAGCUUCACUUCCAGAAGACCGAGGAGGCCAAUCGCACCUUCUCCACAUUGCUACGCGCCGAGCUAUUUGAAAACACAAUACCUCAAGCCACGCCACCAACGUUAUCACCCGAGGGGAAUUUGCCUUCCUCACGGUCCGCGAGUGUCAACGAUGGCACGCGAGCGCAUACUCCACCAAAUAACACCCCCCCAGCUCUACCGUCCAGCUUUACCCCCUCUACACCACACAAGAACCUUUUUUCGUACAUGUCUCCUCGCCAUCACAGCCAUGUGGCAGGGCACCCGACACCCUCCAGGACACCGCAAAGCCGUCAUGGCCCGAAUAUGGACACCAGGUCAGAGAUAUACAGCUUGUCACCUGUCCGAUUUGGAAGCCAGCAAAUGCUGCUCAGUCCAAGAAGGCAACCUCGCGCAGUCAGCAAGGUGCCUUACAAGGUGCUGGAUGCACCAGAGCUCGCCGACGACUUCUAUCUGAACCUGGUCGAUUGGGGUAGCGCCAACGUGUUGGGGGUGGGCCUCGGAUCCAGCGUCUACAUGUGGAACGCUCAAACGAGUUCUGUCAGCAAGCUCUGCACCCUGGAGGACGACACGGUGACGAGCGUCUCAUGGAUCCAAAAGGGCACACACCUGGCUAUCGGCACCGGCAAGGGCCUGGUACAGAUCUGGGACGCCGAGAAAACGAGAAGGUUAAGGACAAUGACGGGUCAUACCGCUCGUGUCGGUGCAUUGGCAUGGAACACCCACGUGCUCAGCUCGGGUUCUCGGGAUCGCCUGAUCUACCACCGCGAUGUCCGAGCGCCGGAUCAGUGGAUGAAGAAGCUUAUGGGCCACAAGCAGGAAGUAUGCGGUCUUAAGUGGAACUGCGAAGACGGCCAGCUGGCGAGCGGCGGUAAUGACAACAAGCUUAUGGUCUGGGACAAGCUCUCGGACGUGCCACUCUGGAAGUUCUCCGAUCACACUGCGGCAGUCAAGGCGAUCUCGUGGUCGCCGCACCAGCGAGGCCUCCUCGCGUCUGGAGGAGGUACUGCCGACCGACGCAUCAUAUUCCACGAUACCGUGCGAGGCACUGUCAUCAACGAGAUCGACACUGGGAGUCAGGUGUGCAACCUGCAGUGGUCCAAGAACUCGAAUGAGAUUGUCUCAACGCAUGGCUAUAGCCAAAACCAGAUUGUCGUCUGGAAGUACCCAUCCAUGACCCAGGUCGCCAGCUUGACGGGGCACACGUACAGAGUUUUGUACCUCGCUAUGAGCCCGGACGGACGGACGAUCGUGACAGGAGCUGGCGACGAGACGCUGCGCUUCUGGACCACUUUUGGGCGGCGUCCAGGCCAGCGGGAGGAGCAUGAAGGCGGAAGCGGAAAACUAGCGAACUGGGGCGUCAUCCGGUGA